AUGGAGGUGCAAAUUGAACAGCAGGAUGAAGACCUCACAUUUAGCACCACAGAUACCAAUGGUAAACGUCCGGCAGAGGACAUGGACGAGGAGCAUGCCUUCAAGCGCUCGCGCAACACUGAUGAGUUGUUGGAGCUGCGUGUGCUGCUCCAGAGCAAAAACGCAGGUGCUGUUAUAGGAAAGGGCGGCAAGAACAUAAAAGCUCUCCGCACAGACUACAAUGCCAGUGUGUCAGUCCCAGACAGCAGUGGCCCAGAGCGGAUCCUAAGCGUGAAUGCCAACAUCGACACCAUUGGAGACAUUCUGCUAAAGAUCAUACCAACUUUGGAGGAGUACCAGCAUUACAGUGGUGUUGACUUUGAUUGCGAGCUGCGCUUGUUGAUCCAUCAAAGCUUGGCAGGUGGCAUCAUCGGCGUGAAAGGCAGCAAGAUCAAGGAGCUGCGAGAGAAUACGCAGACGACCAUUAAGCUGUUUCAGGACUGUUGUCCACAUUCUACAGACAGAGUUGUCUCUGUGGGUGGGAAGCCAGACCGAGUCGUAGAAUGCAUCAAAGUCAUCCUAGAGCUCGUGGCUGAGGCGCCAAUCAAAGGCCGCGCCCAGCCUUACGAUCCCAACUUCUAUGACGAAACGUACGACUACGGUGGCUUUACAGUCAUGUUUGAGGAGCGGGGCCGGCGGCCCGUAAGCGGGUUCCCAAUUCGUGUGCGGGGCGGCUAUGAGCGUCUGCCUCCCUCUCGCAGCAGCCGUCCGCCUCCCCCAUCACGUCGGGAUUACGACGACCUGAGCCCCCGCCGAGGUCCGCUGCCACCUCUGAGCCGGGGACGCGUGGGUAGCCGAACCCGCAACCUGCCGCUCCCACCCCCGCCGCCACGAGGAGGAGACAGAUUCUCCCAUGGCAGCUAUCAUGACGACAGACCAAGUGAAAGAAGAAGCCGUGGAGGAGACCGUUACGACAGCAUGAGUGGAGGCAGUUAUGACAAUUCCUGGGAUCGCUUUCAUUCUGGUGGCCGAGGCUCCUACAGUGACAUGGGAGGGCCCGUCGUUACCACGCAGGUCACCAUUCCCAAAGAUCUCGCCGGCUCCAUCAUCGGUAAGGGAGGCCAAAGGAUCAAGCAAAUACGCCACGAGUCCGGGGCUUCCAUCAAGAUCGAUGAGCCGCUGGAGGGCUCGGAGGACCGCAUCAUUACUAUCGUUGGCACGCAGGAUCAGAUCCAGAAUGCCCAAUACCUGCUGCAGAACAGUGUGAAGCAGUAUUCUGGUCGAUUCUUUUAG